AUGAGUGUCACCAAGAAAGAUGUACAAAAGUUCCUGGACGAAAACCCGGAUUUUGCCAAAGUUUACUUCAGCAAGCAGCUGAAGCCGGGCUCCAUCGCGGCCAUGACGGGCCGGUUGGAAUCCAAAGUGGACUUUGACACCUUCAAGGCCCUCAGUCAGGUGGAGGAGGGCGAGAUCCUCUCGGACCUGGUGAACGACAUGCAGGAGAGCGUCAACAUGGAGAAGGUGGUCUUCAAGGUCCUCAAGAGAAUCAGCUUCCUGAUCUCCGCCGACCGGUGCAGCCUGUUCAUGUACCGUCAGAGGAAUGGCAUUGCGGAGCUCGCCACGCGCCUCUUCAACGUGCACCAAGACGCCGUGCUGGAGGACUGCCUGGUGCACCCCGACUCCGAGAUCGUCUUCCCCCUCGACAUCGGGAUCGUGGGCAAUGUCGCCCAGACCAAGAAACAUACCAAUGUCAAGAAUGUCUCUGAGAACAGUUAUUUUAGUCCGUUUGUUGACGAACUGACGGACUAUACCACCCGGAACAUCCUAGCAACACCCAUAAUGAAUGGAAAAGAUGUGGUGGCAGUUGUUAUGGCAGUCAACAAGAUGAAUGGACCCCAUUUCACAGAUGAGGAUGAGGAUCUUUUUUUAAAGUAUCUGAGCUUUGCCACUUUGAACCUAAAGAUCUUCCAGCUGAACUACCUCCACGGCUGUGAGACAAGACGAGGCAUGGUCCUGCUGUGGUCAGCCAACAAGGUGUUUGAAGAGCUGACUGACAUUGAGCGACAGUUUCACAAGGCCUUGUACACAGUGAGAGCAUACCUGAACUGUGACAGGUACUCAGUGGGCCUUCUGGACAUGACCAAGGAAAAGGAAUUCUUUGACGUUUGGCCGGUGCUGAUGGGCGAGCAACCUCCCUACUCCGGGCCUGUCACUCCUGAUGGGAGGGAAAUUAUCUUCUACAAGGUCAUUGAUUAUAUUCUACAUGGAAAAGAAGAGAUCAAAGUCAUUCCAACUCCACCUGCAGAUCACUGGGCGUUAGCAAGUGGGCUACCCACAUAUGUUGCAGAGAGUGGUUUUAUCUGCAAUAUCAUGAACGCACCAUCAGAAGACAUGUUCAAUUUUCAGACAGAAGCCCUGGAUGGUAGUGGCUGGACCAUAAAGAACGUGCUGUCUGUACCCAUCGUCAACAAGAAGGAAGAGAUUGUGGGCGUGGCCACAUUUUAUAACAGGAAGGAUGGCAAGCCAUUUGAUGAACAGGAUGAGGUCAUCAUGGAGUCUCUCACACAGUUCCUGGGCUGGUCUGUGCUCAACACAGACACCUAUGACAAGAUGAACAAGCUGGAAAACAGGAAGGACAUUGCACAGGACAUGGUGCUCUACCAUGUCAAAUGCCGUGAUGAUGAGAUACAGGCCAUCUUGAAAACACGGGAAAUCUUUGACAGGGAGCCUGCAGACUGCGAAGAGGAUGAGCUUUUACAAAUCCUGAAACAAGAACUGCCAGGCCCCAGAAAGUUUGAGAUCUAUGAGUUCCGGUUCUCUGACUUUGACUGCACAGAGCUGGAGCUGGUAAAGUGUGGCAUUCAGAUGUACUAUGAGGUCGGUGUGGUCAAGAAGUUCCAGAUUCCACAAGAGGUUUUAGUGCGAUUCAUGUACUCCCUCAGCAAAGGCUACAGGAGAAUUACCUACCACAACUGGCGGCAUGGCUUCAAUGUCGGACAAACCAUGUUCACUUUAUUAACGACAGGGCAGCUGAAACGGUACUACACUGAUCUGGAGGUGAUGGCCAUGAUCACUGCUGGGUUUCUGCAUGACAUUGACCACAGGGGCACCAAUAACCUCUACCAGGUGAAAUCGCUAAACCCUCUUGCAAAGCUUCAUGGAUCGUCUAUUCUGGAGAGGCACCAUUUAGAUUUCGGAAAGUUUUUGCUGGGGCAAGAGUCCUUGAAUAUUUUCCAGAACCUCAACAGACGACAGGUGGAGCACGUCUUCCACCUGAUAGACAUUGCCAUCAUAGCAACAGAUCUGGCACUGUACUUCAAAAAGAGGACAAUGUUCCAGAAAAUAGUUGACCUCUCAGAGACCUAUGAAGACGAGAAGAAGUGGGUGGAUUUCAUGUCCUUGGAGACGACGAGGAAAGAGAUUGUGAUGGCAAUGAUGAUGACAGCAUGUGACCUGUCAGCUAUCACCAAACCCUGGGAGGUACAGAGCAAGGUGGCUCUCUCUGUGGCGGCGGAGUUCUGGGAGCAAGGCGACCUGGAGAGGACUGUUCUGGAGCAGCAGCCCAUUCCCAUGAUGGACAGAAACAAGGCUCACGAACUGCCAAAGCUCCAGUGUGGUUUCAUCGACUUUGUCUGCACCUUUGUCUACAAGGAGUUCUCCCGGUUCCACCCAGCCAUCCAGCCCAUGUUUGAUGGCAUCUUGAACAACAGGAAAGAGUGGAAGGCAAAGCAGGAGGAAUUUGAGGCCAGGGUGAAGGCCAUGGAGGAGGAGAGGGCAACGAGGGAGGCGGCAGUCACGGCCAAAAAAACUGCUAAUAGUCAACAAAAUGGCGGCUCUGGGUCCAAGACAUGCUCAGUCUGCUAGAGGUCCGUGAUGGGCAUAACCUGAGGGACACACUGUGGACGACAUGUCCAUUCAGUCUGACUGCACAAGGGAUGGAUAUGCCUCGUCCCCCUCAGAAAAACAGGACCCACGCCGGACUUCAACCUGACACAGCCACACGACCACGUUGGCUCUGCC